UCAUAGCCGCAGCGCAGACGGCCGGACUGGAAGGUGGCGGGAGUGUCGUCACAGUAUAUGUCUAAUUCGGAUAACACCCAGAGAGAAAAUCAUGAUUUUACAACUCGCAGCCAUUUUAUAUUUAGGGACGUGUGCUCUCGCCGAGAUACCCGAACGUGCUGAUGUAUGUACGGAGGGAAGUUGUUACCCCGCUACAGGAGAUCUCCUUAUCGGCCGAGCCCAUCAGUUAUCAGCCACCUCUACCUGCGGCCUUGAGAAACCAGAACCUUUCUGUAUUGUCAGUCAUUUACAGGAAGAAAAGAAAUGCUUUAUGUGUGACUCCAAAGAGUUCUACGAUGAGACAGAACAUACAACCAGUCACAGAAUCGAAAAUGUGGUGACGACAUUUGCCCCUAAUCGACUUAAGACUUGGUGGCAGUCAGAAAACGGUAUGGAGAAUGUGACCAUCCAGCUGAACCUGGAGGCAGAGUUCCACUUCACCCAUCUUAUCAUGACCUUCAAGACUUUCCGGCCUGCUGCCAUGGUGAUCGAGCGCUCUGCAGACUUUGGGAAGACCUGGCAGGUGUACCGUUACUUUGCCUAUGAUUGCGAGACUUCUUUUCCAUUCAAGUCCCAUGGCCCCAUGAAGAAGGUGGAUGAUGUCAUCUGUGACUCUCGCUAUUCUGACAUUGAGCCAUCAACUGAGGGCGAGGUCAUUUUUCGUGUACUGGAUCCAGCAUUCAAGAUUGACGAUCCUUACAGCCCCAGGAUCCAGAAUAUGCUGAAGAUCACAAAUCUGAGAGUGAACUUCGUUAAGUUGCACACACUGGGAGACAAUCUGCUGGACUCACGUAUUGAGAUCAAGGAGAAGUACUACUAUGCGAUCUAUGACAUGGUGGUGAGGGGCAAUUGCUUCUGCUAUGGCCAUGCUUCCGAGUGUGCCCCCGUAGAUGGAGCAGGGGAUGUGGUGGAAGGAAUGGUCCAUGGUCACUGUAUGUGUAACCACAAUACUAUGGGUCUGAACUGUGAACGCUGUCAGGACUUCUACCAUGACCUGCCCUGGAGGCCUGCAGAGGGCCGCAACACCAACGCCUGCAAAAAGUGCAACUGCAAUCACCACAGUGAAUCCUGCCACUUCGACAUGGCUGUGUACCAAGCUUCUGGCAAUGUGAGUGGAGGGGUGUGUGAUGACUGCCAGCACAACACCAUGGGCCACAACUGCGAGCAGUGCAAGCCCUUAUUCUACCAGCACCAGGAACGGGACAUCCGCAACCCCAACAUCUGCGAACCUUGCAACUGUGAUCCCAUUGGCUCUCUGAAUGGCGGCAUCUGUGACGCACUGACAGAUGUCUCUCUGGGACUGAUAGCGGGUCAGUGUCGCUGCAAGCCUAAUGUGGAGGGUGAACGCUGUGACCAGUGCAAACAAGGCCAUUACGGCCUCAGCGAGCACCCGCUGGGAUGUCAACAAUGCAACUGUAAUGUGCUGGGCACCAUUCCUGGUGGAAGCCCUUGUGACACAACUUCAGGAAACUGCUACUGUAAGCGUCUGGUUAUGGGGAAAGACUGUGACCAGUGUUUACCUCAGCACUGGGGGCUUAGCAAUGACAUGGAUGGCUGCAGGCCAUGUGACUGCGAUACUGGAGGUGCUCUUAAUAACAACUGUUCUGCAGAGACAGGUCAGUGUCAGUGUCGGGAGCACAUGUUUGGCCGUAGCUGUGACCAGGUGGAGUCUGGCUUUUACUUUAUUGCUCUGGACCACUAUGUUUAUGAAGCCGAAGAUGCCAAGUUUGGACCUGGUGUAAGCAUUGUCCAGAGACCCUACCCUAUAGACCGCACCCCAACCUGGACUGGUAUUGGCUUUGUGAAUGUUCCGGAAGGGGCUUAUCUGGAGUUCAGCAUUGACAAUAUCCCAUUCUCCAUGGAGUAUGACAUUCUUAUUCGCUAUGAACCCCAGCUUCCAGAGCAGUGGGAGGAAGUACUGAUGACAGUCAUCAGGCCUCAUGUCAUCACUACUGAGAGCCGUUGUGCCAACACCAUGCCGGAUGAUGACAACCAGGUGGUGUCCUUACAUCCUGGCUCCAGGUACGUGGUGCUGCCCAGGCCUGUAUGCUUUGAGGAGGGGCUGAACUACACUGUGCGCCUGAGUCUUCCUCGAUACUCCACCAGCAGUGACAUACAAUCUCCCUACACACUUAUUGACUCGAUUGUGCUGAUGCCUCACUGCAAGAAUCUGGAGAUCUUCUCUGGCUCUGGGUCAGAGGGUGGGGACGUGGUGACCAACAGUGCCUGGGACACCUUCCAGCGCUACCGCUGCUUGGAGAACAGCCAGAGUGUGGUGAAGACACCCAUGCCUGACAUCUGUAGAAACUUCAUCUUCAGUGUGUCUGCUCUUCUGCACCAGAGAGCUAAAGCCUGUGAGUGUGAUCCUCAGGGUUCCCUCAGUACGGUGUGUGAUCCGAAUGGUGGGCAGUGCCAGUGUCGGCCGAAUGUAGUGGGCAGAAACUGUGACAAAUGUGCCCCCUCUACCUUUCACUUUGGACCCCAAGGGUGCAGAGAAUGUGGGUGCGAUCCUCAGGGCUCUGUGUAUGCAUUCUGCCACGAGGCCACCGGUCAGUGCGAAUGUGUUCCGGGAGCAUAUGGACGUCAGUGUGACCGCUGUCUCCCCGGACACUGGGGCUUCCCUAACUGCCGUCCCUGUACGUGUAAUGGCCAUGCGGAGCAGUGUGACCCCCACACGGGCCAGUGCUUGGACUGCCAGGAGCACACCACUGGACACAACUGCGAGAGAUGUUUGGAUGGUUACUAUGGUGACCCUGUCCUGGGCUCCGGGGACCACUGCCGCCCUUGCAUGUGUCCGGAUGGUCCAGGCAGCAGUCGCCAGUUUGCUGGCAUGUGCUACCAGAGCCAUGACUCACUCCAUGUGUUCUGUGUCUGCAGCCAGGGCUAUAAAGGUUCCAGGUGUGAUGAGUGUGCACCUGGUUUCUAUGGAAACCCUCAUGAGGCAGGUGGAGAGUGCCGGCCGUGUCAGUGCAAUAAAAACAUUGACCUGGUGGAUCCGGGGUCCUGCGAUGCCCACACUGGCACCUGUCUCAAGUGCCUAUACCACACUGAAGGCGAGAGCUGUGAACGCUGCAAACUGGGUUACUAUGGCAAUGCCCUUACUCAGGACUGCAGAAGGUGUGUCUGCAACCACUUGGGGACUCAGAAGGAGGUGUGUCCCUCGGUGGGCGAGUGCCACUGUGAGCUGAGCAGUGGGCAGUGCCACUGCCUGCCCAACGUGGUGGGGCAACACUGCGACCUGUGUGCCCCGGACACCUGGAACAUGGCCAGCGCCCGAGGCUGCGAGCCCUGCCAUUGUGACCCCAGCCACAGCUCCAGCUCCAGCUGCAACGAGAUAAGUGGCCAGUGUUCAUGUAAGCCUGGCUUUGGGGGGAGGACAUGUGGAGAAUGCAGAGAGCUAUUUUGGGGGAACCCAGAAAUCAAAUGUCAUGCAUGUGAUUGUGACCACAGGGGAAUCGCAGAGCCGCAGUGUAACAAAGACACUGGCCACUGUGUGUGUGCGGAAGGCAUUUCGGGCCCCCGCUGUGACAUAUGUGCUCGUGGUUACUCUGGUGACUUCCCGCACUGCAAGCGCUGCCACCAGUGCUUCGCUGAAUGGGAUGUGAUCAUAGGAGAGCUCACCAACCAGACCCAUAGGCUGGUGCAGAAGGUCAACACCAUAAAAUCCAGCGGCAUCACUGGACCUUACCAGGACACCAUUAACAGUGUGGAGAGAAGCGCUAACUCCAUCCGGGACAUCCUGGCCCAGAACCCUGCCACUCAGCCCCUCAGUGAGAUCCAGGGCCUGUUGGAGCAAGCCACAACCUUGAUGGGUGAAUUGAAUGACAAGCUGAAUCAGACAGAGGAGUUGAUGUCUCAGAUCUCAGCUGACAGCAAUAGUACAGAGACCAAGCUGGAGGCAUUCAGUGAGGAAACUCAGAAACUACAACGUACUGUCAAAGAGCUGCAAAACCAAGUUGAGUUCAUGAAGAAUUCAGAUGUGCGAGGAGCAUCAGCUAGCAUGAGCAAAUACCUGCAGCAGUCUGAAGCAGCAGAGGCGCGUGUGAAUGCUUCCACCACUGACCCAGACAGCGUGGUAGAGCAGUCAGCCUCGCUGCGCAAAGAAACAGAAGCCAAGAUGAACCAGACCAAAGAUGACUUCAACAGGAAGCAGGCUGAGCAUGCUAAAGCUCUGGACCACCUGGCUGGCCAGCUGGAGACUCUGGACCUCAGUGAGCUCAGUGAGAAGACCUGUGGCAGUCCUGCUGGUUCAGAGACCUGUGCAGACUCCCCCUGCGGAGGCUUAGGUUGUGUGGAUGCUAUAGGAAACAGUAAAUGCGGGGGAGAGGGAUGUAAUGGCCUCACAACUUUGGCCCAGCAUGCAUCGAAGAAAACCAAGGACUUUGAACAGGAUAUCAUCAGUGCCAUGGAAGAGGUGGACAAGCUCUCCAAGAUGGUCUCAGAGGCAAAGGUAAAAGCAGACGAGGCCAAGAUGAAUGCUCAGGAAGUGCUUCUGAAGACCAACGAGACUAAACGACGUGUGGACCACAGCAACCAGGAGCUACGCGACCUCAUCAGACAGAUCCGGGACUUUCUCACCCAAGAGGGAGCUGAUCUGGAGAGCAUCGAGGCAGUGGCUAACGAAGUGCUGCAGAUGCAAAUGCCCACCACGCCAGCCCAGUUGCAGAACCUGACAGCCGAGAUCCGCGAACGUGUGGGCAGCCUGUCUGACGUGGAGAACAUCCUUAACCAGAGCGCCGAUGACAUCCACCGAGCCGAGAGCCUGCUGGAGCAGGCGCGCAAAGCCAGGAAUGAGGCGUCAAAUGUGAGGAACACAGCUGAUAUGGUGCAGGAAGCGCUAGAUCAGGCGGAGAAAGCUCAUAGUGCUGUCACUGAGGCCUUGAAACAGGCGUCCAGUGACAUAAAGGGAACACAGGACUUGCUGGCGUCUGUGGAGUCUGAAACAGCUGAUUCAGAAUUCAAGCUGAGCAAUGCUACCCAGAGGCUGCUGCAGCUAGAGAGAGAUGUGGCUCUGCUGAGAGAGAAAGCACUCAACACCUCCACCAGUGCCGAAAAGACAGAGAAGGAUGCAUAUAGUGUCAAAGAGACGGCAGAGCAGCUCAGCAAGGAUUUGAACACGGAGCUGAAAGAUAAGUACAGUAAUGUGGAGGAGCUGAUCACUCAGAAGGCUCAGGGAGUGGCAAAUGCCAAGAAAAGAGCCGAGAUGCUUCAACAGCAGGCCAAAGAGCUCCUGCUGCAAGCUACUGACAAAUUACAGCUCCUCAAAGACUUGGAAAAAUCCUAUGAUGAAAACCAGAAGACACUAGAGGACAAGGCCAAUGAGUUAGUGGACCUGGAGAAGGCUGUGAAAGAGCUGCUGCAAGAAAUCAGUCAGAGAGUCACUGUAUACAGCACAUGUCUAUUUUAACAACAAUGCUAUUUAGGUACAAGACAUAACAAUCAUUGAUGUACUGUUAAAAAGGGAAAUAUGAAUGUUUUGAUAAAGCAAAGCUCCCAUACCAAAGUAGAAUGUAGGCUGGAAUUUAUAAAGCCCAGAAACCAGAAGACUGAAUGCACCAUUUGCCCUGGUGACCACGUACCUGCAGAGUCUUCUACCUGUUACAUGCUCAUUUGAUUCUAGUGUUUUCAAAUAAAACUGUAUUCUGUGUUCUCCAAUGAAUUCCUGGACCAAACUGUGCAUAAACAUAAACCAAAUAAACAUUUCAUGCAAGCUA